GCUGCUCUCCUUUGGCCGUGGGGUGUGCGCUGGGGUUCGUGCGGAUUCCUGGCUUGGCUGCACUGGGCCCCGCUUGUUCUGCAGGGGCUUUUGUGUCCGGCGUUGGCUUGGCUUUGUGUGCGCGAGUUUCCGCUGUGCUCCGCGGCGCAAGUCCCGGCCGGGAGCUGUGAGACUCGGAGGCGGUAGCGCGGCCCCCCACCCCCCCGGGCGAGGAGCGAGCACGCCGGCGUGAGCGGCGGGUGCGAGGGCUGCGGGGAAGGGGAUUCGCCGCCGCCGAGAUGCCGGAGUUCCUGGAAGACCCCUCGGUCCUGACGAAAGAGAAGUUGAAGAGUGAGUUGGUCGCCAACAAUGUGACGCUCCCGGCCGGGGAGCAGCGCAAAGACGUGUACGUGCAGCUGUACCUGCAGCACCUCACGGCGCGUAACCGGCAGCCGCUCGCCGCCGGCGCCAACAGCAAGGGGCCCCCGGACUUCUCCAGCGACGAAGAGCGCGAACCUACGCCGGUCCUGGGCUCCGGGGCCGCCGCCGCGGGCCGCAGCCGCGCCGCCGUCGGCAGGAAAGCCACAAAGAAAACUGAUAAACCCAGACUAGAAGAUAAAGAUGAUCUAGAUGUAACAGAGCUCUCUAAUGAAGACCUUCUGGAUCAGCUUGUGAAAUAUGGAGUGAACCCUGGUCCUAUUGUGGGAACAACCAGGAAGCUAUAUGAGAAAAAGCUGUUGAAACUGAGGGAACAAGGCACAGAAUCUAGAUCUUCUACUCCUCUGCCAGCAAUUUCUUCUUCAGUGGAAAAUACAAGACAGAAUGGAAGUAAUGACUCUGACAGAUACAGUGACAAUGAAGAAGACUCUAAAAUAGAGCUCAAGCUUGAGAAGAGAGAACCACUAAAGGGCAGAGCAAAGACUCCGGUAACACUCAAGCAAAGAAGAGUUGAGCACAAUCAGAGCUAUUCUCAAGCUGGAGUAACUGAGACUGAAUGGACAAGUGGAUCUUCAAAAGGCGGACCUCUGCAGGCAUUAACUAGGGAAUCUACGAGAGGGUCGAGAAGAACUCCGAGGAAAAGGGUGGAAACUUCAGAACAUUUUCGUAUAGAUGGUGCAAUAAUUUCAGAGAGUACUCCCAUAGCUGAAACUAUAAUGGCUUCAAGCAACGAAACUUUAGUUGUCAAUAGGGUGACUGGAAAUUUCAAGCAUGCAGCUCCUAUUCUGCCAAUCACUGAAUUCUCAGACAUACCCAGAAGAACACCAAAGAAACCAUUGACAAGAGCUGAAGUGGGAGAAAAAACAGAGGAAAGAAGAGUAGAAAGGGAUAUUCUUAAGGAAAUGUUUCCCUUUGAAGCAGCUACACCAACAGGAAUUAGUGCUAGUUGCCGCAGACCAAUCAAAGGGGCUGCUGGCCGGCCAUUAGAACUCAGUGAUUUCAGGAUGGAGGAAUCUUUUUCGUCUAAAUAUAUUACUAAGUAUGUUCCCUUGGCAGAUGUCAAGUCAGAAAAGACAAAAAAGGGACGCUCCAUUCCCAUGUGGAUAAAAAUUUUGCUCUUCAUUGUCGUAGCCUUUUUUUUGUUUUUGGUCUAUCAAGCUAUGGAAACCAACCAAGGAAAUCCAUUCUAUAAGUUUCUUUCUAAUGACUCUAAAAAAGUCAACUGAAUGAUAUCUCUUUGGCACAUUCAACUUGGUCUCCUAUUUUUAAUAACUGUAUUAAAAAAAUUUGUGUACACUUGACUCAAGAACAAAAAAAAUGUGAUUUCACCUCAGUAAAUGUAGUAUUCCAUUGAAAAGCAAGCAAGAUAUAUAUAAAUGGACUUCAUUUAAUGUUUUGGACUUUGGACUAGUAGGAGAUCACUUCGUGCCAUAUGAAUACUCCUUUUUAGCUCUGGAACUUUUUUGUAGGCUUUAUUUUUUUAAUGUGGACAUCUUAUUUCUUUUUUGAGAAAAAAUGUAUAUUGUUUUUGUGUAUUUGGGAAACAAGAAGGGCAAAACAUGGUAGUAUAAUGUGAAGCUACACAUUUAAAUACUUUGAAUUCUUACAGAAAAGAUUUUAAGAAUUAUUCUCUGCUUAAUAAAAACUAGAGACAUGUGAAACGUGGUAAGAGAAAAAGUAACUUGAGGUUGUAGUUUUGGUAACUGCAACAAAGUUUGAUGGUGUUUAUGGGGAAAAGUACAGUGAUAAUCUCUUCUGUAACUUUUAUUAAUAGUAAUGUUAUUGUUGUAGCCCUAUUGUACUCACUUUUUAAAAGAUAUCUAGUAUCGUGAAUGUCCUACUUCGGUAAGGCCCAUUUAAAUGCAGUUGAUUUUUAGCAGGGAUCUAUCAGUGCAACUUAUACAUGUUUUAGAGAACUGUUAGCUGGCUGUACAUGUUUUUAAAGACUGUUUAGCUAGCUAUAAGGCUAUAAUUGGAAACUUGUACUUUUUAUUUACAGCAAAACAUUUAUUCUAUCAAUCCGUUACCAAAAUAUUUUUUAGAUAAAUAAGUGUGUGUGUGUGUUUAGAAGUUAGAAAUUUUAAACACCAGUCUUAGGUUCCAUUUGGAUUCAUUAUUGAAUUCUGUUACCAAAAAUGCAUUUUGCCAAGUUUUUUUUUGCCCUAUAUUUCCCAACAUAAUCUGAUUUGAAAGUAUGUGCUUUUAAAAGCAAAAAGUAUGUGCUUUUAAACUACAUAGUAAACUUUCCUUGGAUACACAGUAGUUAAUACAUAAAUUUUUAAACUCUGAAAUUGAGGCGGGCAUUAUGAUUUUUGUUUACGUUUGAAAUGGUUAACUUUAUCUUUGUGGUUGAUUUAUUUUUUUUUAGCUAAAACUUACCUCAUGUAUAACUUUGUUCAGUAAAGUAGUAGGCAAUUGAAAUUUCAGUAGAAUCAAGUAAAACAAAAAUUUU